UGCCCUGUGUCUCGCUAGGGACCUCACAAAAUGAGGAGUGGUAGAAUAGUUGGAGCCCACAGGCCGCUUCUCUUCUCUUCUCCUGCUUCUGCUUCUGCUUCUGCUGCUUCUUCUAUUCGAACUUACCUUCCUCUUGCUCAGAUCUUCUUAAUCUUCCUUCUUCUCUCAUCUUUCGUAUUCAAAGCUGUAAAUGACUGCAGGCCGAAGGUAGGAUCCAGCAAUAUUUUGCUCCGAUCCUCGCAACAUAUAUUCUUGUUUCAAAGUUGCUCAUCAAUGAAUGAAUCAAUCAAUGGGAAAAUGAAUGAGUUAUUCGCAGUGGCAGGUAGGGCGGGGGUGGCGAUGAUGAAUAUGGUGUCGAGCAGCAGCAUCCAACCGGGGCAGAUACAUAGCAUAUGGCAGCGACGACAAGGAGGUGAGAGUAGAGGGAGAUAUGUGGUGAUGAGCAGCGGCAGCGUCAGGAAGAGCAGCAGCAGCAGGAGGAGGGUGGUGGCGGUUAUCCGGGCCGUGGGCGACGGCGCAGGUGAAUCGACGAGCGGCAAGGACGAGGAGGAGGAGGAGAAGAGGCGUCGGGAGGAGCUGGAGCGGUUGGUGGGUGGACCGGAGGACGCGACGUUCAGCGGGGCGGACCUGGCGGCGCUGAUAAGGAGCAAGUACGGGAGGUCGUACGACGUGACGCUGAUAAAGAAGGAGUUCAUGGGGCGGAACCUGCUGGCCAUGAACGUCAUGUGGAAGUACCGGGAGCAGCGGUCCUUCCCGCUGACGGAGGAGGAGUACCUGCUCCGCCUCGACGACGUCGCCGCCUCCCUCCGCUGCUGGGGCGCCGUCGCCCACGUCCGCUCCUCCCUCGCCAAGCUCAAGGACCGCCCCCGCAUCGGCAAGGCCGUCAGCAUCUUCAUCGACAUGCCCACCGACGACUCCGGCGCCCGCUCCAACGAGUGGAUCUACAAAUAAUAUAAUCCCUUCUAUUUAUUUAUUUAUACUUCAUCGCCAUCUCGAAUUCUCGAUGGAUCGAUCGUUAAUUAGCUACCUUGCUCCUUAAUUCCUUCAUGUAUUUGCUUCAGCUUCAGCUCAACGAUCGAUCACACAUUCACACUCUUGGAAUUGUAUGUACGGCCACUUAUUAAUUACCUCAAGAUUCAUCCUCUCUGCA